UAAGGAGGCUGAGGCUAACCCGCAGUCGGGUCCGCCGUCCGGGAGUCCUGCGGCUGAAGUUGCAGGAGAAGAACGGCUGCCAAGUCAGGAGAGGGAAACCCCGGAACUCUGCGGCAUCGCGACCCCAAGGAGAUGACGGAAGAGCCUUGCGCGCGCGAGGCCUUGGAAGUGUGCUGUGGUCCUUGCUGAGGUUCACGGGAGACGUAGUCCUAGCGAAGGGAGGGGGCUGUUCCUGCGGAGCGGAUGCAGGAUUGGCCCGGCUCUGUGAGUGGCAGCAGCACGCGCUCGCUCGGUGUCACUUCCUGGAAGAGCCCCUGCGGCUCCCCCACGUCAGAGGUCCCUCUGUCACCUCCAAAAAGACCCUUCAAAACAAGAAUGCCAUCUCCUUUGGGUACCCCACACCAAUCCCUCAGAGACUCCAGGACCACCCUUGAGGAGCCGGAGGCGGCAAGGCUCCGUUUCCGGGGUUUCUGCUAUGAGGAGGUUGAAGGGCCACGAGAUGCACUGACCCAGCUUCGAGAGUUGUGUCACCAGUGGCUGAGGCCAGAGUCAUCCUCCAAAGAACACAUGAUAGAGCUGCUGGUUUUGGAACAGUUCCUGGGCGUGCUGCCCCUUGAGAUCCGGGCCUGGGUUCGAGGGCAGCAACCAGGAAGCCCCGAAGAGGCCGCAGCCCUUGUUGAGGACCUGCAGCACGAUCCUGGGCAGCUGCUGGGCUGGAUCACAGCCCACAUCCUGAAGCCAAAGGUGCUUCCUCUAGUUGAGAAGACUCAGGAGUCCUCAGGGAGCCACACCCACAUCUCAGCAGCAAUGGAACCCUCCGAGGCAGGCCCUGCGCAGGCACCACAGGUCGCCAGGAUAGACAGAUCUACGCAGAUCAGUUGCAGCGUGAAGGAGGAAGCCGGUGAUGACGGGCAGGAGAUGGUAUCUCCAAGCGCCCUCCUUCCUGCCCGGGACCCUGUGGGACAUCUUGAUCAUCAGGAAGCAGCCACCACGUCCUCUCAACCAGGAAGGAUCCAGGAGUGGGGCCUGUUGGACUCAUCACAAAAAGAGCUGUGCUGGGGUGUGAUGCCGGAGAAGUACGACACAGUGGUGUCCCAGGGCCCCCAGAUGAAUGUUCUUUCCACCCCAGCAAGCCUGCCGCUGCUACAGCCAGAGACACGGAUUGACUGUGAGCAGAGACCAAAACAGGACACGCCACAUGAAGGACCAGAGUCCCUCUGGAGCCAUCCCCCAGAAGUGGGAGCCAUUGCAGAUCCAAGGCCAGUUCAAGCCAGUGAGAGACAGAGUCCUUGCAAGGACCCUCCGGACUUGUCCCCCACACCACUGCUGGGAGCCCCGGCUAGGCCCACGCCUCGGAGGAAGCUGUACACUUGUGAGCAGUGUGGCCUCAGCUUCGAUUGGAAAUCGGUUUUCAUCAUCCAUCUCCGCACACACACGAGUGGGCCAGGCCUGGAAAGACCAUCACAGGUGACCUGGGAGCCAGCCAGGAGGCGCUCCCCUGGCCUUCGGGGCUAUACAUGCGUGGAGUGUGGGUGCAGCUUCAGCUGGAAGUCACAGCUGGUCAUCCACCGAAAGAGCCAUGUGGGCCAGAGGCGCCACUUCUGCCGGGACUGUGGGUGUAGCUUUGACUGGAAGUUUCAGCUGGUCAUUCAUAGGAAGAUCCACCAACCAGAGGGCCCGUGAGGACCUGGAGAGGCAUGUCCCACCUUGGACGCCUCCAGCCCCUAACGCACCACUUCUGGCAUCCUCUGUAGCCAAGAGGAGCUUCUAAGUGAGUCAGGGAUUGCAAGAAGAUUGCCCUGUCCAGUGCCAGAGAGGAGGCUGUUCCCUUCCCCAGGCUCCUGCUUUGUGGAGCCAGGCCUGGGUUCGAUUACUAACAUAUCCAGCAAGAGGUGGACACCCCCUACUUCAGGAUGAUCAGAAAUUGCCUUAGGUCCCUCCCUGCAGUGUCUGGGCAAGAAGUCUCCGUGGAAGGUAUGGGAACCCACAGCUGCCUUUCUAUCCUGUUGCAUGUGACCCUCAGACUAACGUGCUAGAUUUUUAACCUAAGUUAUGCAUCUAUAACAAGAAUUUCUAAGUAAAAGUCCUGACUUGUGACUUUCACUGACCAAAAGAGCUGUGUGUGUGCUGGCUAGCAGGCCACAGGGACCGCAGCGCAGCUGAGCCCUGAAGAUGUAGCUAGGCACUCUCCCCUCCAGCUUACCUAGUUUCUUGGCCACACAUUGCUCUCCCCCCCCCCCCCUUUGAAUUCCUGAACUUGGACUUGGGUGCAGAACUGACUUUGGGAACAUGAGGGACAUGAUCUGUGUGAGCUGAAGCACUCUGUGGUGCCUCAGGCCGUGUAUACCUCUGGGUGAAGGCUCCACCCCACAUGGCCAGUUCACCAUUAACAUGGAGAACAAAGAGCCACUCCUCGGUGCCAGGGAACUGCUGCCCUCUGGAUAGCCACUCAGGACUUUUCAGCACUCGGUGACCUAUUAACUGUAAACUAGGUGGAUCAAAACUUACUAGUUAUCCCAACAUCAAAGUGCAUGUCUUGCUAGGUCAAAGACUUUCCAUCUUUAGCAGUGAGUAGCUAUUUACCUUGUUGAGUCACUGAUUCUCUGACCUCUGCUUACAGGGCCUUUGCAAUGGCCUGGUCCAGGGCGAGCACCUUAGGCUCAGAUGAUGAAGUGGGAGCUUUUCUUUUGUUUAAGACAGUCUCCUAAUGCAGCAGCUGCUGGCCUCUAACUGGCGAUCCUCCUGUCUCAGCUUCCUAUGUGUUGGAACUAUAAGCAUGUACCACCACACCUAGGUUGGUAUUUUAAAUUCUCGGUAUAUAUGUUUAAGACAGUCUCACUUCAGUGCCCUCAAACUAUCUGCAAUCCUCCUGAGUGUUGGGAUUAAAGUUGUGUGUCAUUGGGCCAGGCUAAGACUUUAAAUACUUUUAAUUUUAAAAUUUAGAAAUACGGAGCAGGAUUCAGUGCUGUAGGCAGAUCUCUGUUAGUUUGAGGUUAGACUGCUUUACCUAGUGCGUUCCAGGACAGCCAGGCGCUAUUAUAGUGAGAUCCUGUCUUAAAAAUAAGUAAAGGAGCCAGGCAGUGGUGGUGCAUACCUUUAAUCCCUGCACUCUGGGAGGCAGAGGCAGGUGGAUUUCUGAGUUCGAGGCCAGCCUGGUCUACAGAGUGAGUUCCAGGACAGCCAGGGCUACACAGAGAAACCCUUUCUCAAAAAAAAAAAAAAAAAAAAAAAAAAAAACCAAA